AUGGCCGGCGGACUCUCGGUGCAAUCAGGGGAAGAGGGGGAGCCGCAGCUUGUGGAGGCGGCAGUUGCGGUGCGGUUGCGCGGACAGAAGCAGUCGGACCUGGCAGUUCCGGGGUUUGUCGUUGCAGGGACGGAUGGCUCAACUGAGCCGGUAAAUGCGCGCGGACCGCGGAAUGCUGGAGGGGAGAACGGUUCUGCUGCGGUAUCGGCGCAGGCUGCGCCAGACAGGGCAGUCCGGGGAGCGGAUGGGGGAGUGGCGCUGACAGCAUCCGCAGCGGGAGUGGCGGGAGUUGCGGAUGCUCUGGAGCGGCAGCAAGGCCCCACGGCCCAGUGUCCUGAUUUCCGCUGCAACUGGCCGCGCACGGGGUUCUUCUUUGACCGCCCGGAGAAGGGCCAUCAGGCGGUGAUGGUGACGCCCUACACCAACCAGCCGUUCGAGUGCUGGCGCAUCUGCCGCCGCACUGAGCACUGCGCGUUCUGGAUGUUCGAGAUGCAGGCGAUCCAAGCUCUUCUCCCCUCUUCUGCCCGCGCUGCUCGUGCUGGUCUUGGCGUGCGCUCCAAGGUUCUGGCAUCUCUCCAGGGGGGCCUGACCACGUGUGCUGCACUCAAUGCCCACGUUGGUGCUGACAUCAUCGGAGCCAAUGUCGACGGCACAGCUGACAUCAGCAUUCUCCGCAGGGGAGCAUCCGUGUAUCUGUCCUACAAGAUCACAGCUCAGGGCUUGACUCAGCGCCCAUCCUCUUCCCCUGCCAUCGUCGCCCGUAACCCCUGCUCUUCCCCCGCAACCUCCUCCUCCUCCACUUCUUCCUCCACCUCAUCCUCACCUGCCGUUACCACAUCAGGCUCCCUAUCCGGAGACGGAUCACUGCAUGCCUCCCUCUCUCCCUCCACAGGAGCCACCGGCUCCGGCUCUCUCACCACCACCACCACCACCAACCUCCUCAACUCCUCCCUCUCUGCCUCCACCACUGCCGAUGCCUCCCUCUCCCCCACCACCGGCCUUACCACCUCCAACUCCCUCUCCGCCUCCGCCUCUCUCCCCAACUCCUCCCUCUCUGCGUCCACCACUGCUGGCGCCGGCACCGCUCUUAACCCAGACGGAUCGGUUUCCACCGCGGGGGGUCUCUCAGCCUCCACCAGCCUUCUCAACACCGGAGCUACAGCAGCCGGCAGCACUGACGCCUCCCUCCCCAAAGCCACUGCUUCAGGCUCAGGAUUUGUCGCAGCCUCUACUGCUCUCCUCAACACUUCGGCCACCGCCAGCGGUGGUGCCCAUGCAUCACUCCCCAACGCCACUCUCUCUGGCUCCGGCUCUCUCUCUGCCUCCACCGGUCUGCUCAACACAUCUGCUCGGGCCGGCGCUGGUGCAACCAUCUCCCUUCCCAAUGGCACAGUCUCUGGGUCCGGUUCUCUUGCUGCUUCCUCCGGUCUGCUCAACACGUCUGCUGACGUUGGUGCCGGUGUCAACGCAGGCUCGGGAGGCGUCCAAGCCAACCUCGGAGGCUCCACGAACCUUGACCUCAACCCCGCUGGCGUUGUCUCAGGGAUUGGUGGGGUUAUCUCUGGCGCAGGUGGAGCAGUGGGGAGCGUGGUUGGUUCGGCAGGGAAGGUUGCAGGCUCGGUGGUAGGCUCGGUGGGCAAUGCUGCAGGUUCGGUGAUUGGCACAGUGGGCAAGGUGGCCGGCUCGGCAGGGAAAGCAGCAGGCUCGGCUCUUGGCUCGGUGCCUUCGGUUCUGUCUCCCCUGGUUGUCCUUCCUGGUGCUUGGGUGAAGGCUGCAGUUGAUGCCAAUGUUGGGGUAAACAUUGGUGCUGCUGGUGCUGCUGGUGCUGCUGGAGCAGCUGCAGCAAGUGUGUAUGCGAUGGUGGGAGAGACUCGCCUCUCUGCUGACCUUGCCUCGUCCCUCCUCGCCCGCAUCUCCGCCCGCUCCUCCUCCUCCCCAUCCGCUCCUCUCCCCCUCUUCCUCUACCUCAACGCGCGGCAGAAUCUCGUUGCCUUCCUGCAGUAA